AUGUCGCAGAAGCUGAUUCCGAUAAACAGACAAGAGCUCAUUGCAUGGCUCAACAGCCUUCUCCAGCUCAACAUCACAAAGGUCGAACAAUGCGGAACUGGUGCCGCAAUAUGCCAAGUAUUCGACAGCAUCUUCCUCGACAUUCCCAUGUCCCGUGUCAAGUUUAAUGUCAACACCGAAUAUGCCUACAUUCAGAACUUCAAGGUGCUGCAGAACAGCUUCGCCAAGCACAAGGUCGACAAGACCGUCCACGUCGAGGCCCUAGUCAAAUGCAAGAUGCAGGAUAACCUCGAGUUUCUCCAAUGGACCAAGAGAUACUGGGAUCAGAACUACCCAGGCGGCGAGUACGAUGCUGUAGCACGACGAAAGGGAGCAACGGUGCCCUCGACUGGAGCCGGCCCCAGAGCUACCACCACUUCAGCCGCUCGCAGGACAGGAGGAGGCACCACACCCUCGGGCGGUCCUAGAAUCGGCUCCGCUGCAGGUGGUGGUGGUGCCGCCUCGGCCGCCUUGCGACAAGAGAACAACACAUUGAAGGAGACCGUCGUCGGCCUGGAGCGAGAGCGCGACUUCUACUUCAGCAAACUCCGAGACAUAGAGCUGCUCAUCCAGCAGGCUUGCGAAGAGGACCCCGAGAUCGAGAAGCAGGAGGACGGCCUUAUCAAGCAGAUCCAAGCCAUUUUAUACUCCACCGAGGAAGGUUUCGAGAUUCCAGCUGAGGGCGAGGGCUUGGAUGACCAGGAGACUUUCUAA